AUGACCAGCAAAGCCUUUCGUGCUUUGGGAUUCAAAAGGCGUCACUCAACCAAUUUUAGUUCUGCCAAUUGCCUUCUAGCUCUCUAUAAUGCUUUAGUCCGGUCGGUCAUUGAAUAUGGGUCUAUUGUUUGGUCACCAUAUACCACAGUUGAUAUUUGUCGGAUUGAUCGUGUACAAAACAGUUUUAUGCGUUUCGCCGGUUAUUGCCUCAACAUUCCUCAUCCACCACAUGAUUAUGGGCCAUUAAGUCAAGCUCUGAGACUAGUUCCACUUUCUGUAAGACGUGAUAAUUUUGAUAUCACUUUUAUUCAGCGUCUGAUAGAAGGGCAAGUUGAUGCCCCAAGACUACUUGGAGAACUUAGAUUUCGUAUUCCUAGUAACACUAGGCUUCAAUGUAAUUUUUAUAUACCCACCAAUAAAUCAAACUUCUCCAGGAAUGCCCCACUUACAAGAAUGAUGCAUAAUGCAAAUAAUCAUAUAGACUAUUAA